CAGCGUGGUGUAUUUAGGGUUAAUUGUAUUGAUUGUUUAGACAGAACAAAUGUAGUUCAAACAGCAAUAGCUAGAAUAGUGAUGGAAACACAGUUCCGAAAACUGGGUUUAUUGCCACCAGAAGAGAUUUUACCACCAAGCUGUAGAAUAACCUACCAACAAUUAUGGGCUAAUAAUGGUGAUGCUAUCAGUAGGCAGUAUGCUGGUACAGCAGCCUUGAAGGGAGAUUUUACCAGAACUGGUGAAAGAAAAUUUGCUGGAAUGAUGAAAGAUGGAAUGAAUUCAGCAAACCGAUAUUACUUAAGAUUCCGUGAUGAUUAUCGUCAAGCAGCUAUGGAUAUUAUAUUAGGCCAACCAGUCUCACAAGAAAUAUUAACCAGUAAAGUAGGAGAACUAGAUGUUGUUGAUGAUACUAGUGAACUGAUAGAGAAAGAAGAAAAUGUGAAGAUGUUAAUAGAAGAUUGUAAAAAGAUGUUAAUAGUGGAACCUGAACAAUGUUUAGGAGGUUGGAGUCUGAUUAAUGCUGAUCCUCAAACUGGAGACCCUGAUAGACAAGAAAUGGAUACUAUUUUAUUGUUAAGUCAAAGAGCUAUUUAUAUUGCUUGGUAA